AUGGACUCAAUAUGUGUCGCAACAUUUCUUCUUUCAGUCGGGAGCCCCUACAUUGCCGAUCGCAUGGUUUUGACCGAAUUUUCAAGGACUCACGCAUAUGUCUACCGCGAGAUAAGUAAAGCGCAUCAGUUCCCCUUGCGCAAGCCUAGUUCAGAUGUUUUCAUGAUUAAGAGCGACACUCAAAGGCCUGGGACAUCUUACGCAAUCUACUGCUCGCAGAAAUGGAAUGGGAAAAACAUAAUGGAUGGACUUCUCGAUCAAAUAAUUCCCUUCACUAUUGAUGGUCCAAGUAGAGAUAAUGGAUGA